CACUGACGUUCAAAGGCAUCGGCGUUGACGUCCCUCAGAUGCCCCUUUCAGCGUUUCUCAAGUCUGGCACGUCACCGGCGGGGAAAAGGACCGGAGCUCCGUCGGAGCGUAAGGAGGUGAUUCGGUCCGUCUGUGACACGCUGGGCUUCGAGGCCGAGAGCCUCUCGCGCCUCCUCGAGGGCGAGUGUGACAAUAACCACCUGCAAAGAGGUGAGGCUUCACGAGACGGCAGGAAGAUUCGAUGGAUCUUUCGCCUGUGGUGCAGGUGAGUUCCUGAAUGUGCUGGCGGAUGCGCUGGACGGUCUAGCCCGGAUUUCCCGAGUUGGAACACCCAACCUGGCGAACACAUCUAUAAGUGAGAACGCGCCGCCGUCUCCGACUCCCCAGCCGAAGUCUCCUCCACCCACCCCCUGCUCCGUCUCAUCCGCCACACAUCUGGUGCCGAAGCCGGCCGUCGGGCUGUCGCCGAGAACAAGAGACCAGCCCGCCAUGUACUCCCCCUCCCCUCCCCUGUCAGCCACACUGCGAACGACGACUCGCGAGGGGACGCGAAGCACUCUCGGGUCACGGCUGCAGCAGCCCGUCACCUCCCCGCACCGCUGCGUGUGUGAUGACCCCCUGAUCUCCUCACCGUUCGCCAAGGAGGGGCCCUUCUUCUCUCCAUCUCUCUCGUCAUCAGCCACCCCUUUUGCGAGACUUCGUGCCCGACCCGUCGCCUCGGCGGCUGGCUGGAGUGACAAACACCGCGACAGGGAGAGGGUUUCAACAGCCGAGAGGACACUGCUGGUUCGCGAGGCACAGCUGCGGGAGAUGGCUCGGAGGCUGCAGCAGAGAGAGAGGGGGGAUCUGUCGGGGGCGUCAUCUGCAAAUGGUGGGGGUGGGGGGACUUCGGGAGGUUUAGGUGGGUGGGAUGACGAGAGCUGCUAUGGCGGUGAGAGGGACUUUGAGUUGGUGGAGGGGCUGGAGCGGGCGCUCAGCCGGCUGGAGCAAGAGAAUGAGAAGAUGCGCAGCAUACUCAUGCUCAAAGUGAGAGGAGAGGAGAGAUGGGACGAGCUCCACAUGACACACACAGGUCUCUUCCUGUCUGCAUGUCUCUCUCUCAGACACAGCAGAUCUCCCUUUUGCAGCAGGAGCUAGACCGCCGCGGCCCCUUUCCCUCAUCAUCCCCCUCUCGCCCUUCAUCGGGCCGCACCACACCCAAGAGACACAGAUCCAAAACACCCCUACGCACCAAGAAAACUGCAAAGGGCACCACCACCAUCAGGAAGCGCCCACCUGGCUCGGGUGCAAGCGUCUCCAGUCGCGCAUCGAGUGCCAAGAGGGCCACUCUCGUCAAGAAGAAAUCGCAGCAAAGGUGAGAUGGCAUUGAACGGAACGUGCCGGCCAAGUGUUGUGGUUGUUGGCACCUCUAUCUGUGUGUCCAUCUGUUGCAGGGGCGGGAAGGCCGCAUCUCGCUCAGCGACGAAGAGGGCGGUGUCUCCCGUGACUCCGCGGCCCGACCCAUCGGCUCAGGCAGCCAUGAUUGAGAUGAUGCAGCGAAUUCGGUACCUGGAAGAGCAGCUGGCUGCCGCACAACAGCAACAGGUAUCUAUCAAUCAGCACAUGCUCCGGAGAACCCACCACAAAUUCUCGGCCCUUUCUUUCCACAGGUCGAGCAAGCCACGACCCCCGCACCAGUAACCACCCCAGCUGGUGUGAGCACGCCCUCCGUCUCUGUGCGUGUGCGGGCCACCCGGUCGCCCCGUGACGGCCCUCCGACCACGGUUCAGUCUCCCUCGAUGAGCCCCUCUCUGCCGCAUGGCACCUGCCAGUGGGAGCAUCAGCUGAGUCCCACGAGCAAUGUCAGAGUGCGUGUCAAUGUGCAUGGGAGGGGCGGCACACGGUCGGCAGCCGGCAGCCCCAGGAGGGGCGUCGAUCGCACUGCUGCUUUUCCACAGUACACUGCCAGGUCUGGUGGCUGCCGUGAUAAGCAAAGUAGACACACCCCUUACGAAGGGUAGAAAUGGUCUUGACUCUGUCUAUAUUUCAGGUCAGAGUCUCGUUCGCCGGAGACGGCGAGUAUGGCCAGCCCUCUCACUGUGUCUCCGGGACCGUCCCACAUCCCGCAAUACGGUGGAGACGUAGCAGAGCAGCUGCCCCCAUCAAUGAUGACCCGGCACAUGGAUGCUGACGACAAAUUGGCUCCACCCGACGGCCUGUCGAGCAGCGGCGGCGUGGCCUUCUUUGUUCCCGUGGGAGCGGAAGCAGACGGAGGGGAGGCUCCCGAGGACGGACAGCGUCAGGCAGCUGCGGCUGACAGCGUCAAGACGCCCCUCUGGUGUUACUUUCAAAGGCACCAGGAAUCGCAGCAGCGCAAGCCGCCGCCUGCGAAGAGGCAGAGGCCCCUGAAGAGGCCACUCCGGAAGGGGAAGAAAGCGGCCAAGACGCCCUUGAAGCUGCUGAGACGACACGUGAGGAAGCAGCCGCAGCCGCAGCCGCAGGCUGCGCCUCAGGAGAGAACACCGUCCUUCACCGACCAAAGAGACUCGCGACGGGUAGACGUCGACGUCGGGCCUCCUGCCGAACAACCACCGAUACCCCCGCCAGAGCAGCCUUUUCCCUUCCCCCCUCUCACGCCACCCACAGUAGCCAAGUCAGCCAAGUCAGCGGCCGCCUUUCCCAUCCCCCCCAAUACAUACACCUUCCCCUCCCCUCCCUCCCGGCUGAGGCCGCGCACCCUCGCUCCAUCUCCCUCGGAGCCUCGCAUACGCAUCCUCAGCCCCGGCCACACGUCCGUUGGCGGCAUAUCCACUUGGAGCGUGUGUCCGAGCAUCAAGAGCCGCAUCGACCCUAUCAUCAACGAGCUCGUCCCAUACAAGUAUCAUGACUACUCCAUGUGUCUCCCCAAUGGGGUGGGGGGCGGUGCCGAUGACAUGGACCUGCUCCCUACGAGCCCCCCGCGGCCGUACCCGUUGCACCCGGGGGCGUCACGGAUGGAUGAGGGGCCGGCUUCGUCUGCGGCACCGGCAAGUAUCGAGCUGUCAGAUGAUGAUGAGCAGGAACAUUUGGACUCAUUUCAGCACAUGCAGCCCCAUGGUGUGAGGCAGGUGCUGGUUCCCCCGCCCCUGCGGCCCGAAGAGGCGAAAAAGGCCGCGUACGACAGAAGAAGGGAAGGAGACAUGGCAACUGGGCAGCAAAGUGGCGGGGAAUGGAGGGCUGAGAGGGACACAACAGGGGCGACACAACAGGGGCGACAUCAGAGUGCUAUGAUGACUCCGCAGUCACCCCCACCAGCAGAAUCACCACCAGCACCCACUGGCACCCACGACGCAGCCCCCUUCAUCUGGUGGUAUCUGCCCCCGUCUGCCGCCCAGCCGUCUCGAGACAACACACCCACGCGAGAGACACGGACGAGACAGAUGCCGCACAGGCCUGUGGGUCUCUUCUCGCCCAUGCACACGACAAGCGGGGAGGUGGAGAGGACCAUCGCAGCCUCAGCAAUGGCGGGGCAUCAGCAGCAGCCUGCGCAUGUCAGUGGAGGUGCGGGUGUGGGUGUGGGUGUGGGUGUGGUUGAGGAGAGGAGGGCCCGCGUGGAGAGGUCAGAGUCUCUGUGUGAGGCAACGAAGAGCUGCCUCUUGUACUGCAAGUAGGUAGAGCCCAGGCGCAUCUGCAUGUGAAGGGCCGGCAAAGUGAUUCGUGUAGCCAUGGCUGUGUAUGCGAUGCCUGGACGGUCGUGUCAGUGUUGGAUGUGUUCGCUUGUGCCUGAAACCACUCAUCC